AUGCUCUUCUCCAGCGCCUUCGCAGCCCUCGCCCUUGCGGCCAGCGCCGUCGCAGCUCCGACGUCGCCGCCGCUGCCCACCACCGAUGCGCCGUUCAGCGUCAGUGCUGCCAAGCUCGAGGCGGCCAUCACCUGCCCCAACGGCAUCAAGGGCGCCGCUGGCGGCGUGGUGCUGCUCGUGCCCGGCACCGGCCUCACGGGCGAGGACAGCUUCCCGGAGGGCCCCUUCGUGCAGCUGCUGCCCACGGCCGGCCCGGGCUUCGAUGUCUGCUGGGUCUCGCCGCCGAACAGCCAGCUCGGCGAUGCACAGGUCAACGCCGAGUAUGUGGCGCACGCCAUCAUGAGCCUGGCGCCUCGCAGCAAGAAUGGCAAGGUCAAGGUGGUGGCGCACAGCCAGGGUGGCGGCCUCAACGUGCCCUGGGCAACCAUCUUCUGGCCGUCGGCUCGCAGAAAGGUGGCGUCGUUCGUCGGCCUCGCGCCUGACUUCGGUGGCACCACGCUGCUUCCUCCGGUCGGCUGUGCCGCCGAGACCAUUGCGUCGCUCGGACAGGGCUGCUCGGCUGCGAUUCUGCAGCAGGACUCGACCAGCAAUUACCUCAAGGCGCAGCGAAAGAUCUUCCCGAGGGCCAUCGUCCCCACGACGGCCUUCUUCACGCGCACCGACGAGAUCGUCAUCCCGCAGUUCGGCCCGAACCCCUCGUCUGCGCUCGCCGGCAGCGUGCAAUUCCCGCUCCAGGACAUCUGCGGUCCUCUGGCUAUCGCCGACCACCUGAGCAUGCUGGCCACGCCGGCUGCGUACUCAAUCGUGCUCAACGCCUUUACGAGCGCAGACGGCCGCGCAGACCUGUCCAAGUUCAACAAGGCCGACUGCUUCAACUUCGAGAACUCCAACAUCAACAUCAACGACGUGGUGCCCGGCCUGAAGUUCGCCGCCAACCUGCUCGGCGCCGUCAGCACGUCGGGCGGCGUGUACGUGAAGCGCGAGCCGCCGCUGAAGCAGUACGUCUGCGAUGCCGGCGCGGCCACCAAGUGCGGCUAG